AUGCCGGCCGAUUACUACGAUACUGACCACGCUCAGCGUGAGAGGUCUCGUUCCCCCCGACGUCGUUCGCGCAGCCCUCGUCGCAGCCGUCGCUCCUACUCGCCCCGCAGUCGCUCCCGUAGUCGCCAGGACUACCGUCGAUCCGAUCGCCGCUCGCGCUCGCCCUUGAGUAACGCCCCCGGCAUCGCUGGUGAAUCCUCCGGUUCUGUUUACGGUGGUCGCAGCAGCUACCCGCCCCCCGCCAGAUCGUUCGAGGAUCGUGCCGUCGCCAAAGAACAGAUGAUGCAGACCGUCCGCGAUACCUCCCAACAAGACCGUCGCGUCUAUGUGGGCAACCUUUCCUACGAUGUCAAAUGGCAUCAUCUGAAAGAUUUUAUGAGACAGGCUGGAGAAGUCAUCUUUGCCGAUGUCUUACUGCUUCCAAAUGGAAUGUCGAAGGGAUGCGGGAUUGUGGAAUACGCGACCAGGGAUCAAGCGCAGAAUGCGGUCAACUCCCUGAGUAACCAAAACCUGAUGGGCCGACUCGUCUACGUUCGCGAGGAUCGUGAGCCCGAGCCGCGUUUCAGCGGGGGUCCCGCCCGUGGAGGCGGCUUCGGCGGAGGCUUCGGUGGUGCGCCCCCCGGCGGCGCGCCUGGCGGCUUCGGUGGCGGUGGCCGACAACUUUACGUGGCCAACCUUCCCUUCAACGUUGGCUGGCAAGAUUUGAAGGAUCUGUUCCGCCAGGCCGCUCAGCAAGGUGCCGUGAUCCGCGCCGAUGUGCACACCGACGCUACGGGCCGCCCCAAGGGCUCCGGGAUCGUCGCGUUUGAGUCCCCCGACGACGCGCGCAAUGCUAUCCAGCAGUUCAACGGCUACGACUGGCAGGGCCGCCCCCUGGAGGUCCGGGAGGAUCGCUUCGCCGGUGCCGGACCCGGCUUCGGCGGUGGUGGUGGUCGCGGGGCUUUUGGCGGUGGUGGUCGCGGGGCCUUCGGCGGCUUCCCCGGUCGCGGCGGUUUUGGCGGUGGUCGCGGGGCCUUUGGCGGCUUCCCCGGUCGCGGUGGCUUCGGUGCUCCUCCCCCUGGUGGCGGCGGCUUCGGUGCGCCCGGCUUCGAGGGCGGCGGCAUGGCCCCGGCGCCCCCCAACCCGUUCACGGACUUUGCGACCUCGGGUGGGGAGAAGAGCCCCGUUAUCUACGUGCGAAAUUUGCCGUGGUCCACCUGUAACGAGGACCUGGUGGACCUGUUCUCGACCAUCGGCAAGGUGGAUCGGGCGGAGAUCCAGUACGAGCCCAACGGCCGCUCGCGUGGCACGGGUGUGGUCCAGUUUGACAGCGCCGACACGGCGGAGACCGCGAUCUCCAAAUUCACCGGCUAUCAGUACGGCGGCCGCCCCCUGGGCAUCACGUUCGUCAAGUACAUGAACAUGGUCGCGGGACCCGGGGACCCGAUGGACGGGGCCGAGCCCACCGGACUCACCCAGGAUCAGAUCAUGUAA